AUGUUGACAUUGGCUGCAAAAGAAUCGAACACGUGGUUAAGUGGGCAUCUGAAAAAGCCAAAGUUCAACAGUAUUUGGGGUUUUACGACGUUAAUUUGGCUUUUGUUUUUACGCGGCGUACCUGGCCUGCAGGCAGAAACAGAAUUAAGAAAAAAAAAACCUUUAAGUUCUUCCACAAGUCAACCUUUUGAUUUAUUACUAUGA